AUGUGGCGAUCUCUAUUUAUGACGACAGACUUUGCCUUCCCUUCCGUCUUUUGGAGGCAAAUCUCCGUGACUUACGUCAAAAGACGGUGUGUAUUCAAACCUGGCGAUUUUGUGUUUGUUUUUUCUACUCGUAAAAGACAGAGCUAUCAGACUUCGAGACAUAGAAGCGAUAUCACUGCACAGAUAGAGCGGACUUGGAUCUCCUACUAUGACCCACAGUGGCUCUCGUUUACAACUGAUCUGAUCUAUCCACCGCCCGAGAUACCUUUCAAGCGAUCUGAAGUGCAAGGGAACGUUACUUCAACGCAAUGA